AGAUGAGUCAGGAGCCUGUGCACAGCCAGCCUGAGCCUUAGGUGACAACCUUGGUUCUCACCACUGCAGAAACUCACACUGAGGCAGUUUUGCUGGAAUGUCUCUGGACUGAAUGACCAGGCAAGGAGCAUGACCUGGUGGGACCCUGGGAGGGUCUCAUCCUCCAGAAGGAGCAGCCCAUCUGUCUCACCUGCAAUGCUGGGAGCCAGGGACGUUUAACACCCCCUCAGAUGGCUGCCUGCAGCCUGCCUCUGGGACUGUGCCUUCUGCUGCUCCUCCAGGACGCCCAGACAAGCCCACAGACAUCAUUGACUGCACCUCAUUCCUGUAAUGCAUCAGAGAAUUGGCUCUAUGAUGAAACUUCACAAAACUGCUGUUACCAGUGUCCCUCAGACUAUGUUAAAAAGAAAGCAUGUCCUCAGGAUCCAGCUGAAGACUGCAUGACAUGUGGACCUGAUCAAUAUUUGAGCAAUAGAUCCCAAAAGCCACAAUGUGAUGCCUGUGUGUCAUGCUCCAAAGAUGUGGACCUGGUGGAGAAGCAGCCCUGCUCCCUGCGCUCCGGCCGCGUGUGCGAGUGCCGCGCGGGGCUCUUCUGCCAGCUCCCUGUGCAGGACAGCUGCAGCCGCUGCCAGCCCCACUCUGCCUGCAGCCCUGGCUCUGGAGUCAAAACCAGGGGCACCUCGACAAAUGAUGUCACUUGUGAAGAGUGCCCUCCUGGGACCUUCUCUGAUCAAAACUCCAGCACAGACAUCUGCAAACCCCACACCAACUGUGCCAAGUUGAACAAAGUACUGCUAAGGAAAGGAAAUGCCACACAUGAUGAAGUUUGCCUGGACCAGUUGCCCACUUACCUCACCCCAAGCACUUUGUCCAUGAGAUUCCCCAAUAAAACAAAUAAUGACCUGAGCAUGUCUAAGGAGAACCUGGUGACCUCUGCUAGUGGGGACCUUCCAAGUGUCACAACAACUGAAAAUCCCAGUUCAGCUCCUGAGGUGAAAGGUGUAGUGCUCUGGGCAGUGCUUCUCUCUGUGGCUGUGCUUCUUGGGGGCACGCUGGUAUUUUGGAAAUGGAAGGUUUGCAAGAAGCAGAUCCUCAUCCUCAGAAGAAAACCACAUCUGCACUCGGUGAUCGCACACAAGUACGUGCCCAGGUCCCCAGAUUCAGAUCUUGUGAACAAAUGUGCAAAGAUCAUACUGACCACUGACACUGGGCUAGAGGAGGAGGAUUUAAUUGACAGAGCCCUUCCUUUGGAAACCAACAAUAACUUGGUGUCCAGCACAGAAAAAGCACAGAGUCCUCAUUGGAGUGUGACUGAUGUGGCACCAAGCAGUGGGAAUGCCCCAGACUGCCCUGGGGAUCCUCGAGUCAGAGAUCACACAAAUAACAGAAUUGAAAACCUGUACAUCAUGAAGGCAGACACUGUUAUCGUGGGCUCUGUCUCAGAAGUGCCCAAUGGUAAGAACUGUGCUGCCAGGGGAUGUGAAAGUAACCUUGAUGCCCAGGAAAGCUUGGAAGAGGAGCUGGAAAUGCACUACCCAGAGCAGGAAACAGAGUCUUUUCCAGGGAAUGAUGUAAUGGUUCCUGUGGAAGAGGAGGGAAAGGAAUUUCACCAUCCUACCACUGCCACUGAGAAGUGACAACCCAGAGAUAAUGUGGGAAGAAUCAUCCAGUGUGACACUAAGGCUGAAUUUCUGACAAGGGAGGUAAACACACUGUGCCUUAGAUUAUUGGGGAACUUCUGGAAAACACUGAAACACAUUCAAUCAAGGAGAGCUGGAACCUAUUUCAUUUUCAUCUAACAAAUGAGAGGAUCAUCCCAAAGUGUUGGCCUUCACAGCUGACAUGAAAUAUUUCUAUUUCCCUGUCUCUUAGUAUCAUACUGAAUUUGAAUCAAAGCUGCAUCAUCUAGAGGACAUCUGGAUGUCAACUGAAGUUUCACAGCUUGUUUUCUCAGUGUGAAGUAAUGGAUUGAAACCUGUCUGAUUACUUCUAUUAGCUGUGAAAAUUCUGCCCAGGAUUCUUUGUCAAGCUUGAGACUCAGCCUGUUUCUUAUGUUGUUUCUAUUCCAAUACUUCUAGUUUUGUCAUUUAUUUUGCAACAUCUGGUAUUUUCUCAAGACUUCAACUUUUGAUUGAAAAUUAUAAUAAUCUGUUUUCCUUUGCAUAAACAUAACAGAAGUUUUUGGACUUCAUGUUUCUUGAGGAAUUAGAAUCAAAAGUUGCCACACAGGCUCUGAAAAUAGAAGGCAAAUAAAACCAAUUGAAGUCCAUUGUUUAGGCCAUUCUUUCUAGGUUUUAGUCUAACUCAUGUUUUUUUUACCAUGUCAAAUCAUUAGUAAGUGUACAAAAGAGCCUCUUCUGAUGGAAGCCAAACUGGCUGAACAUUUGGCUGUUGGAUGAACUAUGGGUCAAGCCCAAUGUGGAGCCUGUCAAAAGAGAAAUGAAGGAAAGAAACUAUUUUUCUACUGAAAAAGAGGCACAGCAUUUAUUUCUUAUGACAUUAAUAUCUACUUGUUUUAGAAUUGUUCAUAAUCAUCAGAGUGACACUGAUUUGCAUAUCCUUUAAAAACAAACCUGUUUGGUGGCCAGCUGGCAUGUGUUAUGCUAUUUUUAAAUCUUUUGUGCUGCUUGUUUAGUGACUGUAAAUGCAAUAGUGCGGACAGGACUUUUGCACAGGACAAUGGAAAAUGAGCAAUAUGACAAAUUGUGUCUUAACAAUAAAAAACAAGGAACCACAAAAACCAUUACUUGCUUUGUAGUUUUGUCCUGAUCAGAGCACUGUAAGAACAGUGGUGCAGCUGCAGCAACUUCUGUCUUACAGCACACACAAGGAACACAAGGGCAGAAAAUCACCUUCUUGGUGAUUGGAGUUUGAGCCCAGCAUUUCAUCUCUGCCAGUCACAGGAAGGGAUUUGUCAGGAAGACCAUUCCUGCUGUUUGAGUGAUCAUAGUUCUGCAGUUGAAGCUGGCAUUGGAUUGAGGAUGUCAGAGUUUGAUCAGCCUUUAUUAUUCUCUCAUAUCACCAUCACUUAUCACCAUUUCUUCUCUCUUUUGCUUUUGUGAUUGAUUGUAUCUCAGCUUUGAUUGAACUAAGCCUCCAAGAUGAGUUCCUAUCUUUUCAUAUUGCUCAAGUAAGUUUGAUGCUCCACUGCCUUGGUCACUUUAAUUAACCUUUUCCACAUCUACUUUAACUUCACUACAUACAUAAUUUUAGAGAACAGCAAUUUGGGAAUCCACAAACUGAAUAACCACUGGCUGUGAUUGUUCGGGGCUGUUCUGCAAUGACUGUAAUUGUGUAAUUUCCACUAUGAAUAUUAAUUAAUAAUUUUUACUGGAACAACUUUCUAAAAGAGCCAUAUACAUUGCAACCUGCUGGAUGUGUUACAAUUGGUUUAAUAAUGCUGGUAAUCUCUGAAUUAAAAAUUACAUAGAUUU